CCUGUAAGGAGCUCUUCUUUACAGAAACCUUUAGAUUACGAGCGAGAAUCACUCAUUGAUCCAAGUGGUCUUCAGUACUAUACCCAUCAAGACCAUAGUUGUGGGUAUGCUAGAGAUGUCUAUAUUGAGCCCAACAAGUCAACUAUCGUGAUUGACAGAUCAAGUAACCAAGAGCCUAUCUCUCCGGUUCCAAACAUGGCCUUCUUUCAUUCUUACCAACAACAAGAACAUAGUCUGCCAAAUCCACAAGUACAAGUGAUGUGUCAACCAAAGUCUGUACGGUCUAAUGUACAACACGUUGCAGAGGCACCUCUCAAGCUAUAUCAAGCCUAUGCUGAGCCUUGUACGGCAGCGAAAUCAGUGCAGGAAGCGAUACCUGACAAGUUCUUACUGCAGCCUGUUCCAAAGAAUAGAAAGCAUCAGACAAGAGAAGACAAUGACAACAACAAUAGCAACAAGAAUAGCAACAAUAGUAGUAGUAACACCAGUCAAAUAGCUCCGAUUGCCAGCACAAGCACCAGCAGAAUGCCCAAGCCUCCGCUGACACCAUUAGUGAUCCCACCUACACCCAUCCGAUCCAGCUCUUCACCCAACCGAGCGAUUGUGACUCCCACACGUUCAUCCUCUAUACCGCACGACCUUCAGCUCACGCCUGGAUCAAUGACGCCUGGAUCAAUGACACCCGGGUCCUCUCGUAGUGCUUACUCACCCCACGGCUUUUCUCCUUUCACUAGCUCUCCUGUUACACCUUCACCCAACACACACUUGCCACAUACAGUUCUUCCGAUUGUCAAUCCUCCAGAUCAUAAAAUCAGCCAUAGCAGCAGCAACAGCAGCAACAACAACAACAA